CAAUCUGUUUAUAACCAUGACAAUACUCAUUAAUUGCAUUUUCAUGGCAAUGAUCGAAUACCCGGUAUUCUGGAUUGAAUACAUUUUUAUCGUUUGCUACACCGUGGAAGGUCUGAUAAAAGUCUUGUGCAGGGGACUGAUUUUUAAUCGUUUUACUUACCUGAGAGAUCCCUGGAACUGGUUAGAUCUUGUCAUCCUGAUCUGUGCAUAUUUAUCUUUGUGGUUUCAACUGGGCAGUAUAUCUGCAAUGAGGACUUUCAGAGUACUUCGUAUUCUUAAGGCCUUUGUAUAUAUACAAGCCUUACGGACAGUUGCUGGUGCAUUACUGGACGCAAUUCGCCGACUUCGUGACGUAAUCGUUUUAGCAGUUCUCAUGAUUUCAAUAUUUGCAAUUGUUGGAACUCAACUCUACAUGGGCACAUUGAGACACAAAUGUAUUACCAUCGAAAACUUUAAUGUUUCCUUCAAUCAUUCAGAAUUAGAAAACAAAUGGUUUCAACAUGUACAGAACACAGAUAACUGGUAUCAUACGAAGUCUGGUCAGCCACUAAUGUGCGGGAAUGGAACCGGAGCGGGAAGUUGUCCAUCGUCUUUCUUUUGUAUAAAGGAUACAAACAGCAAUCCUAAUUCAAACUUCACACAUUUUGACAAUUUUGGUGGAGCUCUCUUAUCUUCAUUUCGAUUAAUAGCACAGGACUUUUGGGAAAACCUAUACAAUCUGACAAUACGGGCAAAUGGAACACCUCAUUUUUUCUUCUUCUUCUUUAUUAUCAUACUUGGAUCCUUUUUCCUAAUAAAUCUUAUAAUUGCCAUUGUGGCCGUGUCCUUCAUUCACACGCUUAAUAAAGACAAACAAGAACAAGAAGAAGAAGCUGAAAGUGAUGACAAAAACGAACAGAACAAUAUAGGUGCAGGGAGGAAAAAUAAUUUGGAAGAUCAAAGCAGGGAAGUCACUGAUAUUGAAGAAAAUGAAGAAAAGGGGGAAAACGACGGUAUGAUUUUGUCAAUGACCUUUUCAAUAGAAUCAUAUAACAGAGAUCAAGCUAUCACUGUUCUUUAUACAACAUUUUGUCUAUCAUGA